GCUUAUUUUUAAAAUGAUAAUAUUUGGUAGAUUGUCGUUUGUUAUAACUGAGCUAUUGUUGAAUAAUAUAUCAAUUAUAUUUAUAAUCUUUUGCUUGACAUAUACUUUAUGGAAUAGUAUAAAAAAAUGGGAAGAGUUAUAUACAUAUGCCAAAUUUAAAAAUGCUCUUCCCGAAAAAAUCAAUACCCAUAUAAAAAUUCGACAUGAUGCAGAUAUAAUUAUCGUGGGUAGUGGUGUUAUAGGCUCAGUUAUGGCUGCAGUAUUAGGUCGAAAAAAUUAUAAAGUAAUUGUGAUUGAACGUGAUUUUAAGCAGCCAUCGAGAAUAGUUGGUGAACUUUUACAGCCUGGAGGAGUUGAUGCACUUAAAAAGUUGGAACUUGAAAGUUGUUUGGAGGGCAUAGAUGCACAAUCCUCUUAUGGUUACACAAUCCAUCACAAUGAAGUCGGUACUAGUGUCAAGUUGCCUUACAAUGUAAACGACGUUUCAAAUUUAAAAAAUGAUCGAAUUUCAUCUUCAAAUAAUUAUGAUAAUAAGGUAAUUGUGGGCAAAGCCUUCCACCAUGGAAGAUUUAUACAAAAUUUGAGAAGAGCAUCCGACAUUUAUAACAAUGUACGAAAAAUAGAGGGAGAAGCUUUGAAAUUUUUAUGGGAUAAUAAAAACAAUGGACAAUCUCGAGUACUAGGCGUGGAAUAUAAGGGAAAAAUGGAUGGAGAAACUAAGCAAAUAAGAGCACCCUUAACUAUUGUUGUUGACGGAUGUUUUUCGAAAUUUCGCAAGUAUCUCUUUCCUCCUGGUGCACUAUCUACACCUCAAAUUAAAUCGUAUUUUUUAGGAUUAUUGAUUCCUAACACGAAUUGCUCAAAAAAAGAAGAAUUAGAUGAGAUUUCUCAACAUAAAAAUGAGGAUAAAUAUUUUGCUGAGGUUGUAUUGGCCAACGACCCUGCCUCUGUCAUACUUAUUUAUAAGAUAUCAUCUUAUUACACUAGAAUAUUAAUCGAUAUUCCUUGUCCUUUGCCAAAGGAUAUAAAACAAUUCCUUAAAUACGAUAUAACUAUUCAAUUGCCAGAAAAAUACCGCGAGAAUUUUUUGCUUGCGCUCCUUUAUAACGAGAGCGUUAAAACGGAUCCCGACGAAACUUUCAACAAACUGACUGCCUUUCGGAACAAGAAUUUGGCUGCUGAUGCUUUUAAAAUGAAAAUCAUGCCUAACUCGUAUUUGAGUUACCCAGCUUUAGGUGGGACCCGCUCCUUACCCAGUGGAGUUAUAUCCUUAGGAGAUGCUUUAAAUAUGCGCCACCCUCUCACGGGAGGUGGCAUGACCGUCGCUCUCAACGAUGCAAUAUAUUGGAUCGAUAAGAUUUGCCAUCUCGGGCCACCUCGAAACGGCAAAAAAGAUAACUAUGAAGAAAAUGCCGAAGUAGACGAUGAUCAAUGGUUAAUCGAAGCCAGAAAAAAUUUUUCCUGUCAAAGAUCUUUAAAUUAUUCUUUUGCUGUUAAUGUGUUGGCUCAAGCAUUAUAUCAGUUGUAUGCCUCUGGAACUGAUAAACAUAUCAAGGAAAUGCGAGAAGCUUGUUUCCAUUAUUUUGAAAUGGGUGGUAUUUGUAUAACUGGUCCUAUGGGGAUAAUUUCGAUUACCAACCCAAAACCACACAUACUUAUUGGCCAUUUUUUCGCUGUAGCAUUGUACGCUAUCUACCGAAACAUGUUGAAAUCAAAAUUUAACAUUUUUAAUGGUGUUGUGAAUUCUUGGAUGCUUCUAUACAAAGCUUGUAAAAUUAUAUUGCCCCUUAUAUGGAAUGAAUUCCACUCUGUACCAUUUAGAUUUAUUAUUAAUAAAUAACUUGUUUUUCAAUGUUAUUCAACUUUAAUUACUUAUGAUAUUUUUUUAUGUUUUAAGAAAAUUACACUGCCUUAUCAUUUAAAUAGCAUUUUAAUUUUUAAUACAUUUUGAUUUUCCAUCCAUGACCUUGAUUUUUUUACAAAUU